CGCUUCUACCUUUUACUCCAAAUUUGUGUUUUGGUUUCCGAUCCAAUUUUGAAGACAAAUAUUUACAUUAGAAUGUACGAGUGACUACAAAUAGUGCAGGAUGUUUAUUAAACAGGUUAUUAUUCAAGGCUUUAAGUCCUACAGAGAACAGACUGUCGUCGAACCUUUCGAUCCUAGGCACAAUGUAGUUGUUGGAAGAAAUGGUUCAGGGAAGAGUAACUUCUUCUACGCAAUUCAAUUCGUCCUCAGCGAUGAAUUUUCUCACCUUCGACCGGAGCAGAGGCAAGCUUUAUUGCAUGAAGGAACAGGGCCUCGUGUCAUAUCCGCGCACGUGGAAAUUAUUUUUGACAAUGCCGAUGGAAGACUUCCGAUCGAUAAAAAUGAAGUUUAUUUGCGGAGAGUCAUUGGCUCGAAGAAAGAUCAGUAUUUUUUGAACAAGAAGAUUGUGACCCGUAGUGAUGUAAUGAAUUUGUUGGAAUCGGCCGGAUUUUCCAGGUCUAAUCCUUACUACAUUGUUAAACAAGGAAAGAUUAACCAAAUGGCUACCGCCCCCGAUUCUCAGAGGUUGAAACUUUUGAGAGAAGUUGCUGGUACAAGAGUUUAUGACGAUCGGCGGGAGGAAUCCAAAUCGAUUUUGAAAGAGACUGAGGGCAAGGUUGAAAAAAUCGAAGAUUUCUUGAGAACAAUUGAGGAGCGUUUAAAGACACUCGAAGAAGAGAAAGAAGAACUGAAAGAGUAUCAACGCUGGGACAAGCAGCGUCGGUGUCUUGAGUACACGAUUCAUGAACGCGAACUUAAGGAAAAUAAGAGGAAGCUUGACGAACUCGAAACGUCUCGUGCAAAUAGCGGAGCUGAACAAGCAAAACUUUGUUCGGAUGCAAAAAACGCUCAGGAACAAGUACGUGCUGCCACGAAGCGAUUAAAGGAAGCCAAGAAGGAAGUGCAAACCGCCAAAGAGGAACGUGACACUCUCAGUGCGGAGCAGCAGCAGCUUUUGAAGGAGAAAACAAAAUUAACACUAACGAUCAACGAUUUGUUGGAAGAAGUCAAGGGAGACAAUGACAGUCGCAAGAGGGCUCAACAAGAGUUGGAGAAACUCAAAGCGAAUAUCGCCGAGAGGGAGAGGGAACUCGAAGCAAUCAAACCUGAGUACGAAGAGAUGAAGCGCGUUGAAGAAGAAUGUACGAGAGAAUUGGCCCUGAAAGAACAGAAGCGCAAGGAAUUGUACGCCAAGCAAGGAAGAGGUUCACAAUUUACGAGCAAGGACGAGAGAGACAAGUGGAUCCAGAACGAAUUGAAACAGUUGACUAAGCAGAUCAGAGAUAAGGAAGAACAUCAGAGGAAAAUCAGCGAGGAUUUGAAGAAAGAUGCGGAGAAACAGAUCGCUUUGGAGAAGAAGAUUGAGGAAUAUACUCGCGAAAUGGAACAGCAGAGGAAGUCGAUUGAUGAUCACAACAAACAAUACUAUGAUCUGACGAAGGCGAAGGACCAAUGCCAAGCAACUCGCAAAGAACAAUACCGACAAGAAAGUGUGUUGCAACUAAAUCUCUCGGGCCUGAAAGAAGAUUUGGCAAAAGCUGACCAGAGUUUGAGGUCUAUGGCUGGAAAACCGAUUCUCAACGGGAGAGACAGUGUUCGCAAAGUUCUUGACACUUUUAGACAAAGACCAGACAUGGCGCAUGAGGUUAGCAGUUAUUACGGACCCGUGAUAGAAAAUUUCGAGUGCGAUCAGAGCGUCUACAUGGCUGUGGAAGUAACGGCCGGAAACCGGCUUUUCCAUCACAUCGUUGAGACUGAUAAAUUUGGCACAAAAAUCCUAAAGGAGAUGAACAACCAGCGAUUGCCUGGGGAGGUUACCUUUAUGCCUUUGAAUCGGCUGCAUGUGAAAAUUCAGGACUAUCCGAGAACGAGCGACGCUAUUCCGAUGAUAUCGAAGUUGAACUACGACCCGAAAUACGACAAGGCGCUACGAUAUAUUUUCGGAAAGACCCUUAUCUGCCGAAACUUGGAGGCAGCUACGAGUCUCGCACGAACUUCCGGGUUAGAUUGCGUUACUCUCGAAGGAGAUCAAGUUUCUUCGAAAGGUUCUCUUACCGGGGGUUACUUCAACAGUAACAGAUCACGUCUCGAGAUUCAAAAGACGAGGUCGGAACUCAUGGCACAAAUCAACACUUUGGAGAGUCAGUUGGCCACUCUGAAGGACGAGAUCAGAAAAGCUGAUCAAAGCAUCAGUUCUUACGUUAGUGAAAUGCAGAGGACGGAGACUAAGAAUAGCAAAGCCAAAGACAUUUACGACAAAAUGAAGGCUGAAAUCCGAAUGAUGAAGGAAGAAUUGAGCGCGAUAGAAAGGUAUCGAACACCGAAGGAGAGAAGCUUAGCUCAAUGCACGGCCAAUUUGGAAGCUAUGCGAGCAACUAAGGAAGGAUUGGAAAGUGAAUUGCACCAGGACUUGAUGGCACAACUUUCCCACGCUGAUCAGCAUCAAGUUGAUACUCUCAAUGACGAUAUCAGGCGUCUUACGAAGGAGAAUAAAGAGGCUUUCGCGAAGAGAAUGAGACUGGAGGCUGAGAAGAAUAAGUUAGAAAACUUGCUGACAAACAAUCUGGUGCGUCGUCAUGAUGAACUUGUUCAAGCUUUGCAAGAAAUUUCGGUGCAGGAUCGACAAAGGCAGUUGGAUUCGUGCAAAGCACAACUUGCUGACAUCGAAAAGAGACUUGUUAAGGUCAAUGCCGAUUUUAAGGCUCAGAACGAAAAAGUGACGAGUGCGAUGAAGAAGCAAAAAUCCGAAUCGAACGAAGUAGAAAAGUGGAAAGUGAAAGAAAAGGAAGCCCAGGAGAAGAUUGAAGCGGACGCGAAAGACUUGGAGAAGCUCGCAAGCAAGGCGAAUAUCCUCCAGCAGAAAAUAACUGAAUGCACGCAAAAAAUCACAGAACUCGGUGCUUUGCCGAGCCACGAAGCUUAUUCCAAGUUUAGUUCAAUGUCGACCAAACAGCUCUUCAGGGAAAUGGAAAAGGCAAACAAUCAUCUGAAGAAAUACAGCCAUGUGAACAAAAAGGCCUUGGAUCAGUUCAUGUCUUUCAGUGAUCAGAAAGAAAAGCUUGUCAAGCGAAAAGAGGAAUUAGAUCGCGGGGACGAGAAGAUCAAAGAGCUGAUGUUUGUCCUCGAACAACGUAAAUGCGAGGCGAUUCAAUUUACUUUCAAACAAGUGAGCAAGUAUUUCAGCGAAGUUUUUAAAAAACUUGCACCUUCCGGUCACGCUCAGCUAGUAAUGAAAACAGCUGAUGGUGAAGAGGGUGGCGAUGAUCCUCCGCCGGAAGUUGCUGAUUCGGAUAGAUUUAUCGGCGUUGGUAUUCGAGUCUCAUUCACUGGCCACAAAGCGGAGAUGAGGGAAAUGAAUCAGCUAUCAGGAGGACAGAAAUCUCUGGUCGCUUUGGGUUUGAUUUUUGCAAUUCAAAAAUGCGACCCGGCGCCAUUUUAUCUUUUUGACGAAAUCGAUCAGGCGUUGGACGCACAGCACAGAAAAGCUGUCGCUGAUAUGAUUCACGAACUCAGUUCGGACGCACAAUUUAUUACAACUACUUUCAGGCCUGAGUUACUUCAACACGCAAACAAAUUUUACGGAGUCAAGUUCCGAAACAAGGUUUCUCACGUGGAAUGUGUGACUCGGGAGGAAGCAGCUGACUUUGUAGAAGAUGACACGACCCAUGGAUAAUCAGUUCUGAUAUUUUUUUUCCAUCAAAAACUUUUCAGAGACUUUUAUGAAAAGUGGCGGGGUCGUAAAUUUUUUAUUGAUUUAGAACACAUGCUGCAAAUUUGUCGUGGACUAAAUCUCAAUUUGUUUUAUAAGGAUCAAUCAAUCAUGUAAUUUCAGUCCGUUUAGUUCUGUUAUGAAAAAAGACGAAGAUUAAUCAAGAAUUAUGAGUUUUAAUUUUGUAAGAAUGUAUUAGUUUAGCAUGGAUAGGAUAAUAUAUUUGUUAAGUAACGGAAAAUCGUAAUUAGGCUUGUAGCCCAAAGCUAAGACGCAAAACGAAACGAUCAGUGUUUUACUUAAAUGUCUUGGAUAAAGUACUUUUGCUUAAAUAAUAAAAAAA